AUGGCGUCAUCAUCGUCUGCUAGACAUCAUCCACCUCUUCGACCAUCGUCAACGACAAAUCAAACGAGUCGAAGAGUUGAAAAACGAGUUAAUACUCCUGCACUUUCCAAUGAUAUAAAUGAUGAUGAAUAUGGAACAGCUAGUGGUAAACAAAUACCACAUAGUUAUUUGCUCAAACUUAUUAAAAGAUCUCGUAUGAAUGGCAUACUUAAUUUAGCAUCACGUGGUUUAACUGAAGUACCAAUGGAAAUAUUUGCUGAUGAAAUUGUUGAAGAAGAAAAUCAACAACAACAAAAAUCAAAAACACCAGAUUUUAAUCAAAAUGAUACAGAAGGUUGGUGGAAUCAUGAACCUCUUAAAACACUUGAUCUAUCAUCGAAUUCAUUAACUACUCUUCCAAAUCAAAUUGAAACAUUGGAUUAUUUAAUUGUUCUUAAUAUUCAAAACAAUCAAUUAACAUCUUUACCUGAUACAAUACGAGGUUUAAGAACAUUAGAAAAACUUGUUCUUACUCAAAAUCAAUUAACAACAUUACCGGAUGGUCUUUUCUAUUGUUCAUCACUUCUUUCAUUAAAUCUUUCACGCAAUCAUUUCAAAAAAUUAUCCAAUAAAAUUGGUCAACUAUCGUAUUUACAAGACCUAGAUUUAUCCGAGAAUGAAUUUGAAUUAUUUCCAAAAGAAAUCGGUUUUUUAACAAAAUUAACUAAAUUAACAGUUGCAAAAAAUCGUCUUCAAGCACUUCCACAUGAAUUUGGUGCUCUCUAUAAUCUUCGAUCACUUGAUCUUAGUUAUAAUCAAUUAACACAAUUACCUGAAAGUGUUGGAGAUUUAAUUAAUCUUGAAGAAAUUUAUGCAAAUUCAAAUCGAUUGACAAUUUUUCCAUGUUUUAAACAAUGUGGUCGAUUAAAAGAAAUACAUAUGGCAGAUAAUCAACUUACUGAAAUUACCGAUAAUCAAUUAGAACCACUUUUAUCAUUAAUAUCUCUUAAUGUUCGUGGCAAUAAAAUACGAAUUUUACCAGAUCAUAUUGCUCUAUUACCUAAUUUAGAAAGACUUGAUGUAACAAAUAAUGAUCUUGCUGAUUUACCAUCGAAAAUGGCAUUGAAUAAGAAAAUAAAAAAUAUUAGCAUGACGGGUAAUCCAUUAGGAAAAAUUCGAAAAGAUGUUGUUCGUCUUGGAACUGAAUCUAUACUGAAAUUUCUUCGAAAUCGAUUAACAAUGGAUGAUGGAAGUGCUAGUGGUAAUGAUCAAAAAACUUUUGAUGUUCCAAAAACAGUUGAAACUGAUGAUGAAAGAAAACGUCGUUUAUAUACCGAACAUCAUGUUGUUCGAAGUACUGGUACAUUUGAUUUCAGUCAUAAAAAUGUUUCAACUUUAUCAGAUGAAUCAAUUGAACUUAUUUCAAAAGAAAAACCAUCACAUGUUAAUUUAGCAAAAAAUAAAUUUACAGAAAUGCCUAUUGCAUUGGUACAAUUGGCUGAUUGUUUACUUCAUUUGGAUAUAUCUUCAAAUGGCUUAUUGCAACUUAAUUCACAAGUUGGACAACUUAAAGAAUUACGUUUUCUUGAUUUGAGUACAAAUCGUCUAACGGAUCUUCCAUCGGAAUUGAGUUCUCUUGAACAUUUACAAAUCAUUAAUUUAUCAAUGAAUAAAUUUGUUCGAUUACCAUCUGUUCUUUAUGAAUUAAAACAAAUUCAAGAAAUUCUUGCUAAUGAUAAUCAAUUAGUUGAAUUGGAUGCAAAUGGUAUAAUGAAAAUAUCUUCAACGUUAUGUACAUUUAAUGUACGAAAUAAUAAUAUACAACGAUUACCUCCUGAAUUAAGCAAAUGUACAUUACUUAAAUCACUUGAUGUUGCAGGUAAUCCAUUUAAAUUACCACGACCAGCUACAGUGGCCAAAGGCACACAAGCGGUGCUAGAACAUUUACGAAAUCAAUUAAUUGAAUAA